UCCAUCUCUUCUUUGUAUCUCUCAUCAAACACAAUCUCUUCCUUCUUGUUUUCAUCGUAUAUUCAUAUAAACAAACACCACUCCCACAAACAAAAUGAACAACUCACAGAGCGCUGGUUUUCAAGCUGGUGAGGCCAAAGGCCAAGCCCAGGAGAAAGGCAACCAACUUAUGGAUAAAGCUGGUGCAGCUGCCCAAUCCGCCAAAGAAUCGGUGCAAGAGGCUGGUGCACAAAUGCAGAUGAAGGCAUCAGACGCAACUGAGGCAGUGAAGGAUGCAACCGGAAUGAACAAAUCAACAUAGAUAUUGAUUUUCGGGUGCCACGAUCAAUUACUGGCAUACCAAUGUUUAUGAUUAGUAAUAUUUGAUUAUUUAACUAAGAAAUAAAAUGGUCGAUGAAAGUAUUAAAUA